UUCCUGAAUUUACACUGCGCAGCUUAGCUACAUGGAACGUUUUUUGAAUCAUAUUCUUUUAAGAUUAAUACAUCAAAGCUUGAUUCCACAUUGCUGACUCACAUAAUCAUGAACUAUACCAAAAUGCACAUUUGAAAUAAGCUUUCGAAUGCCUUAUGACAUCAUCACAUCGAAGAGGAAGUCAAUAGCAAACAAAAGUAAAGUGCAAUAAGAAAACUAAAAGAAAAAAUACGAGAAAAGAUUCAAUGGUUUUGAUAUAGAUGGAGCUUUCGUGGCUAUACGGGGUAAUUGGCCCUUGGAUCUGUUCCUUAAAUGAUCUGCAAGUUUUAGAAAGAUCUGUUUGUUUGUUUUUUUUUACGCCAAACUUGAUUGAAAAUUUAAAAAGAGACGUGUGGGAGCCCCAAAGCGUGGCCCCUCGAAACGUAUCUAACCCUGGCGAGCGCAAUGUGGCAAAGUGGCGGAAUGGGCGCCCACGCCGUCAACAAUCCAUGGAUGAAGUUAAUGGGCAUUAUGCACAAAGACAGAAGACAUCACGAGUCUGGUGGAACUUCAAGUGGACAAGGACAGAUGAUGGUUGGCACAAAUGACCGGGGACAAGCUCAAUCCCUGCCAAAGUUAAGCAGCCAAGACGAUGAUGGACCAAAUUCUCACACUCAUUAUAUAGGAGUGGCACAUUUUGAACCUAUUCCACACGAUCAUGAUUUCUGUGGGAGAGUCGUCAUAAAUGUAAGUGGAUUGCGGUUCGAGACUCAACUACGUACGCUUAACCAGUUUCCAGAUACGUUACUCGGAGAUCCUUCGAGACGUCUUCGAUAUUUUGAUCCAUUGCGCAACGAAUACUUUUUCGAUCGAAAUCGUCCCUCUUUUGAUGCGAUUCUUUAUUACUAUCAAAGUGGAGGACGACUUCGUCGGCCAGUUAAUGUGCCACUUGAUGUCUUCUCAGAAGAAAUUAAAUUUUAUGAAUUGGGAGAAUUGGCCACUAACAAAUUCAGAGAGGACGAAGGAUUUAUCAAGGAAGAAGAGAAGCCACUACCUUCGCAUGAAUUACAAAGGAAAGUUUGGCUUCUAUUUGAAUAUCCUGAAAGUUCACAAGGCGCCCGAGUAGUCGCUAUUAUCUCGGUAUUUGUGAUACUUUUAUCAAUCGUUAUCUUUUGUUUGGAAACUCUACCUGAGUUUAAACAUUAUAAAGUGUUCAAUACGACAACAAAUGGCACCAAAAUCGAAGAAGAUGAAGUGCCAGAUAUUACAGAUCCGUUCUUCCUGAUAGAAACUAUUUGUAUUAUAUGGUUCACAUUUGAAUUAUCAGUGCGCUUCCUUGCUUGUCCGAAUAAACUCAAUUUUUUUCGUGAUCUUAUGAAUUUCAUUGAUAUAAUCGCCAUUAUUCCAUACUUUAUAACCUUAGGAACCGUAAUUGCUGGAAAAGAGCAUGAAUUCGAUUUACCAAAAGCACCAGUGAGUCCACAAGACAAAAGUACUAAUCAAGCUAUGUCACUAGCAAUUUUAAGAGUCAUCAGGCUUGUUAGAGUGUUUCGAAUUUUUAAGCUAUCUAGACAUAGCAAGGGCCUUCAAAUACUUGGAAGAACUUUAAAAGCUUCAAUGCGAGAACUUGGUCUGCUCAUAUUUUUCCUCUUCAUUGGUGUGGUGCUAUUUUCCUCAGCAGUUUACUUUGCCGAGGCGGGUUCCGAAAAUUCAUUCUUCAAAUCCAUUCCAGAUGCAUUUUGGUGGGCUGUUGUUACAAUGACCACCGUGGGCUAUGGUGACAUGACCCCAGUCGGUGUCUGGGGAAAAAUCGUAGGAUCACUAUGUGCAAUCGCUGGCGUACUCACCAUAGCUUUGCCAGUUCCAGUUAUUGUAUCUAAUUUUAACUAUUUCUAUCAUCGUGAAACUGAUCAAGAGGAAAUGCAAUCACAAAAUUUCAAUCAUGUGACUAGCUGUCCGUAUCUUCCUGGAACUUUGGGCCAGCACAUUAAAAAGAGUUCUAUGUCAGAGUCAUCAUCAGAUAUAAUGGAGUUAGAAGAAACGAUAUUGUUAGCACACGCAGAGGUUACAAGAAAGUCUAAUUGCAAUCCAAGCUACAAUAAUACAAAUUCGGUUUGUAUGGGCAUGGAAACUGACGUUUGACUACAAGUCAAAAAGAUGGUCGCUUCCGAGCCAUACCUAUGCGUCGCCAUCGUUGAGUUCAUUUCAAAGGAGCAUCAGCUUAUUACUGCGAUCAACGUAAAAUCUUCUGACUUCAAAAGCUAGAAAUUGAAUACCAAAUUGAGAAAUUUUAUAAGAAUAAGUGUUAUGCAGGUGAUAAGAUAAAAGAUAAAAUUAAGUGUAACAGGCAAACAAAAACUCCUGGUCCCAUGAAUUUCAUAUUUGAGGAUAUCUAUGCAUAAAAAAGUUUUAUUUAUUGAUUUUAAAACCCCACGCCACCGACUCCAGUGUUCAAAUUAAAUUCUUUUAUUUCUGAUCUUUCGUUUACGGAUAACGAAGUUCAGAAGUGGAUAAUACAACGUAAAAAUAAAAUUUCUUAGGGGUCACGAAUGGAGAGAGAAUCAAUGUAUUUUAUUAACAGAUGUUUUACUUGAACAGAAGCUUUUAAAGUGAAUAAUGUCAUGCGACUAAUUUCAAAACCGAGUGCAUCACUAAUCAUUUACGAUCGAUAGAAACUUAAAAAUUUUUAAAUGAAUAGCUGAUGCAUAUAUAUAUGUAUAUAUAUAUAUAUAUAUAUAUAUAUAUAUAUAUAUAUAUAUAUAUAUAUAUAUAUAUAUCAUAGUUGCUUCACAAGAUUGCAUAAAAAAAUCAAGAAUUAGGUAGUUAGUAUAGUUAUGAAAAUGUUGUUUAUAAAAAUUUGUAUGCAUUUCACGUAACAAUUGUAUAUUUAUAAUUCAUCUUCCAUUACCGGAAAGCCGGAUCAUAAUAAAUUAUACAAAGUAUGGUAUAAUAUUCAUAAAAACAAAUGUAAUUAUGGCACUCUUCAGAUAACUGAAUCAAUUCUAAUGUUAGAUGUAGAUUAUCUCUUUGUAAGCUAAAUCAAUCUUAACUCUUUGAUAAAUUAAGCAGCAUUUAAUGUGUUACAAGAUCGAUAAGAGCAAUCGUCCACAAAAUAUAUCUCUAUAUUUUUUCUAAUAAAAUAGGACAAAUUGGAUCAUUAAUGAAUGGAAGUCACUUAAUAAUUUUUUAAUAAGCUGUAAAAAAAAAUUUACCUCGAAUUGUUACGACUUUCAUGAAUAAAAUAUUUAUUAUAGAAUAUGUUAAAGUAUCAAGUGUUAAUAGGAAGUAAAUGAACACGGGUCUGUUUUUUUUUUUUUUUUUUUUUUUUUUCAAUUCCUCUAUUGUUGAAUUUUGUUGUCAAGAUUCAUGUUGUAAAAAAAUGCUAAACAUGUACUCGAAUAAAACCAAAAGAAAAUUCAUUUCGUACUGGAAAUCGAUAGAUAUUUAUUUAAAAAAUGGGAAUCGGCGCUGAGUGUAUAUAGAUUUCAACUUUUAAAGGCUAUAGCCAUUAUAGGAUAUUGAAAAUUAUUUCGAACAAACUUUUAUAUUUAAAAUAUUAUAUAAACAAGUCAUUCAAUCUAGAAUUAUUUUAAAUUCAAACUAUAAAUAAUAAAAACACAGACACACAUAUAUAUAUAUAUAUAUAUAUAUAUAUAUAUAUACAUCUGACUGGACUUUGAAAGGAUAAUUUUUCUGAAUUUUUUAGAUUACCUCUCAAACGUUCGUUAAGAACAUCUCUUGGGAACACAUCUAAAGAAAAAAUUUAAAAAAUCACUCAAAGUUUUCGCGGCGCGUGGUUUUUUUUAGAAUCACAAAAUGAAACUUGAGGGAAAUUUUAUUUUUCCGCAUUUGGAACCGUUCAAGAGAUAAUUAUAAAAAAUUUUAAAUGUUACUUAUUUAAGGACUACUCUAAUACAUCCAUGUGUAUUAGAAAGACCUAAAAAACCAGCUCAUUUUUUUCGAAUCUCAUAUGAAAAUUUUUAGGUUCAACAUGUUUCAAAAAUCUUUUCUAAAAAUCAACUUGACAACAAAUCUAUGAUGGGCCGCUCAAGAACUUAGAAUGUUUUUAAAAUCUUUGAUAAUCGGAUGUUUUUUUUUAAUUUUCUUUCUCGUGGCAGAAAUAUUUUAUAUCCAUGUAAUUGAUACCGUACUGCAAAUUCCAGCUCAAAAUAUAGAUUUUUAAAGAUUUCUCGAGAAUUUUGAAAAUUAAUUCAUAAUACGCAACUAAUGCCUCAAAGUAAUUUUGUAUUUUUCUAUGACUCAAUUAUUAUUAUUCAACUCAAAUGUAAUUUUCGCACUGUCUAAAAUAUACCGAACAGUAUUAAGCAAUAACAUCAGGUAAGAUUUGAAUAGUCAACCCUGAUUAAAAACAAUGAUUAAAAAUGAUUUCACACGUUAAAUGUCCAUAAGAGACAGGAUUAGAAAUGAUUUGAAGGAUUAAAAAGUAUUUAAAAUGAUUAAAAAACAAAUCAUUUUAAAUACUUUUUAAUCAUUUUUUUUAAUCAGGGAAAACAGUUAAAAAUUCAGUAAGAGGGGGGAACAGUAUGUAAAUAAAUAUUUUUAUUUUGUCUUGGAUUCCAUUAUUAUUUCUUAUGUCACAAAUUGAUGAUGAAAGAAUCGAGAAUCUUUAAUAUUAAUAUUCAAGGGUUGCUCGAAAACAUCCAAAAGACAGUAUUCGGACAUUCGAAAUUUUGAACGACAUUCAAAUACUUAAAUUGUGUGCUGAAUUUUUUAGCAUAUGCGAGAUUUUGCAGGUAUUAACUCCAUUUUUAAUGGCUGUUUUAGAAAAAGGAAAAAAUUAAAAAAAAAACAAAAAAAAAUUUCAAGUUUUUGAAAUUUUCAAAAUUAUUGAGUUACUCCAGAGAAAUUUUUUAUGGAGCUGAUUGUUAGAGCGGGUUCUUAGAAUACAUUACACUAACAAAUUUCCAUAUGAGAAUUGAAAAAAAAAAAUGUUUUUUUUUCGGUUACCCUAAUGUGUAUGUAUAUAUAUUGCAAUAAUACGCAGAAUAAAUCAUUAGUUUAUAAUUCGAAGUUUAACUAAAAUAGGUUUUCAUUCAUAAUUUUAAUAUCAAAGAUGAUCGAUAGACUAAAGUUUGUUACUUUCUUCGAUUUGUAAUAAGACGCCUGAUUUUAUAGAAUCUUUUUAAAAGUCGAAUAGAAUAAAUGAAUUACUUACGAUUAAAAAAAUGAAAUUCAUAAAAACAUAAAACGGAUAUCAAGACUUUAGUGUAAAUGUAAGCAGAGCUUCGCAGUUAAAAAAAAUUUUUUUAAGACUCAUUUUUAUGUGAUAUGAACAAUUGAAUACUCAUCGAAUGUUGCAUUUAUCUUUACAUUAAAAUUUACACGAAUAAAUAGCUGAAAAACCUAAUAUAAAUCCAUACAUAUAUAUAU